AUGCAGAAAUGCCUGAAAAUUUCCAUACCUGUCAGUGCAGUGUGCGCGCCGUGUUGCAUCUCCAGCGGCGGGGUCACGGGCGUGUUCACCGACGGGACGUGGGCGUCGCAUAAUAACAAGCAGGUGCGUGCUUGCCUGCCUGCCAGCCGCCCCGCGCAUCACGUAUCCGACCCGGCGCCAGUUAGGCGACUGCAUUUGCAUAAAUCCGUAAUUCUGGAGCCGCGUCUGCCGGCCGCAGUCGCGGAGGAGCGCCCCGGAUUAGUUCUGGGACUGCAGAUCCCGAAAUGCCGGCAAAAAGCGGUGACGUCACUAGCGGAAGCGGAGGCGUCGGUGGCGGCGGCGGCGGGCCACCCCCCGGGACUCCGGCGAGCCGGCGGCCAUCUGUCGUCUUCCGUAGCUCAGCCUCGGCCACAAUGGAGCAUGUGCCGCGUGGGCGCGCUGCUGCUGCUGGCGGCGCUGGUGGCGUGUGAGGGCGCCGCGGGCCAGGGCCCGGACGCGGGCGAGCAGCGGGGCCCGGCCGACGCCGCCGCCUUCCUGCGCAUGCGCGCUGCUGGCGGCGACGGCGACGGGAAGGAUGCGCUGCUGGAGAAGCGCGCGCCGCUGCUCGGCUUCCACGGCGUGCGCGGCAAGAAGGACGACCUGGACGAGCUGGACAAGCGCGCCCCCUCGCUUGGCUUCCACGGCGUCCGCGGCAAGAAGGACGACGCCGACGAUGACGACGGCUUCGACAAGAGGGCGCCCAUGCGCGGCUUCCAGGGUGUCCGCGGCAAGAAAGACGAGGCGGACGUGGAGGACGCAGAGCUGGGAGAUGGCGCCGACUACCUGCAGCUGGCGGGCCUGCCCUACAGGGAGGACUACGACGCCGACGGCGACGGCGACGCCGACGGCGACGGCGUCGCCGACGGCGACGAGCUGCAGCUGGACGACCCUUGGCUGCGCGACGAGAAGCGCGCCCUCAAGGGCUUCUUCGGCACGCGAGGCAAGAAGGCCCCGCAGGCCGGCUUCUAUGGCGUGCGCGGCAAGAAAGGGCCCUCGGGAUUCUACGGCGUGCGAGGCAAGAAGGCCCCCCUCUCCGGCUUCUACGGCGUGCGCGGCAAGAAGGCGCCCUCGCUCGGAUUCCACGGAGUACGAGGCAAGAAGGACGACGGGGCUUCCCCUCCCGACCUGGACUCCCUGCUGUACUACCUGAACGAGGCCAGCGAGGCGACUCGCCAGAAGAGGGGCAACACCAAGAAGGCGCCCGUCGGCUUCUACGGCACCCGCGGCAAGAAGUCCUGGGCUCCGGACGGUGGAGCGGCAUCCUCGAGCGAUUCCAUCGCCUCAUCUCUCAUCAAUAGUCAAUAGGAAGUUCUUACAGCAAUGAUGAAUCACUUAGUGCCAUCCACAAUGUCACAAGUCCUCCAGACAUCCUCAGAAACCAACGUUAACUAGUGCAUGAAACCAUACAGUAAUAAAGAAGAUAACUUUAAUGCUUCUAUCCAGUGGCCUGUUGUAGAUUAGUGAUUUCUCAUUGAGAGAUAAGUGUUACAAGAUUAUGUAGGCUGCCGUGUCCUGUAGUGUCAUAUUUUGUACUGACGCUAAGUCUGAUAUUGGCCACGUCUCUCUUCUUUUUUUAGGUGUGGACAUUUCGUCAAAAAAUAUUUAUUUUAUUUCAUCUACGAUACAUGUUCCCUAAGAAAAUCUUGAGUUACGCUUGUAGAUUCUGUACAAAGAAUGAAAUCGCACCAUUACAAUAAAAAUUCUUAAAACUAUACAGAAGUAGAUACUUUUGGCGUCCAUAAACAUUUUAACUACUCAUUCAAUUACAGUACUUUAUAUAGUCUCUAGUUUUUAAAUUUGUAUUUGUCUAAGACUUUGCUGCGGCCUCGUUUUAUAUGUAAUGUUAUAUAGAAAUUAUUGUAUUCUUAAGCAUUCUCCCUGGUCCCUGUAUAAUUUUUCAGAGCGGUUACAACGCCUCAAGCUCAAAAUAUUUUUGGCCAUAUAUUAUGCUGUUAUGAAUAAGUUCAUAAUAAAGGAAGCAUUAUCUGGAUUACAUGUGGUGGUGAAUGGUGCGUAAAUAUAAGAUUAUUACGUUAUAUUGUUGCUUUCGUAGUUAUCAUUUUUGUUGGCAUAUCUGGAAAAUACGAAUGAAAAACUAUUUUAAAAUGUAAAAUUACACUACAUAUCAAUAAAAGGGCAAUACAAAUGAUAA